GUGUAAUAUUAAUUUGUUAAUUUGGUAUAUUAGUAAAUAUUGCCCAAAAUAAAAAGCCCUAAACUAAUAAGCAAACCGGCGGCCCAUUUCCCAAUCCGUAAAUCCUCAGCCCAAAUUAGCCGUGCAUCUCCUCCGUCUUUCCUCAGAGUGUCCCUCUCUGCUCAGAAAUCGUUCUCGCCCUCCUCUGCUCUGUCGCCGCCAGAAAUUUUUCUCCCAGUCAAUUCAGAGAAUAUUUAAUUCAAAGCGCUUGAUUUUGAAAUCAAGCAAGCUUAAAAUGAGUAUCUAUAUGAACCGGUUACUCCCCCGAUCAAAUACUAGUUUUCUCUUACGCAAUGGAAAUGCCCUACAAGCUAAAGUUUUGCGCUUGAGGGAAGAAACGUUCAUGGUGGAUUCUGGAGUUGGGCCCCCCAAAAUUUGCACACGAGAUGAGCUGACUCGGGUCCCAGUGGAUGGAUCAACCAGGUUUGAGAAUGUGGUCGGUUACGUUGAUGUUAAGGCUGGUGAGUCACAGAUUAAGAAGCAGAUGCUGGAGAGGUUCUUCGUGGAUGUUGUAGCUGGUGAAUCGCAAAUCAAAGAGCGAGCUGCUGCGAGGUUCAAUGAUAUGGUUGGAUCAAUGGCUGGUGAAUCGAUUGUUCUUCCAAGGAGAUUCAGACAGAACCGAGCUUGGCUUGAACUGAACAAGAUGUCGCGAACGAAUGCCAAGGUCAAAGGCUUUAUUGUUGAGAAAGUAAGAGGUGGUUAUUCAGUAGCCAUUGCUGGUUUCAUCGCUUUCCUUCCAUUUCGUGUUAUGAUGAAUCAGAAGCUAAAUGAUCGAUUCACCAUUGAGAGCAUUAACCCCAAAAGUAAGCAGAUUGUGGUGUUUUUUUAGAAAACCAAAAAUACAUUAAACAAAUUAAGCAGAAAUUGCUGUAUUUUUAUUUUCUUAGCUCUUAAGCAUUUCUCCUAACAUUAAUUGGCUUACAUUGAUUGUUGUUCUGAAUAAGGGUUUGUAUUAUUUGCUUGGUUUAUAUGUUUGAACUAUUUUACUA